AUGUUGCUGGAGAUCGGGCGCUUCGUGUUCCUGGCGCUUACAGACGCGGCGAUGCUGCCGGCGCUGGACGUGAUGAAGCGCAAUCGCCGCCACUUUGAGUUGUUCAUCGGGGUGCUGCAGCUUAUCGUUGCGUUCAGCUUUAAUGCUGCCGAGGCCUUUGCCACGCAGCUGUUCCUGAGAGAGGAUCAGUGGCACUUUAUCUCCGACGUGUUGUCCAUCUCGUACUUCCUGCUGCUCUGCGUGCAUCUCAUGGGCUACAAGGACGAGAGCCACAACAUCGUACUGCGUUACGUGGCGUUUGCAGGCGCCUGGCUCUUCAAGACCAAGGACGGAUGGGACUCGACACUGUAUGAAGGAUUUCUCGUGGUCUGCUACCUGCUCGGCCUUAUAUAUCGUCGCGUCCUCACGCCCAGCAGCGACAUUUCCCCUUUAAACAAGCAGAACGCGACGUACGCAGUGGGAUGCCUGGCUGGGGCGACUAUUGUGGGCUUCAUCGCUAUCUUCUUGGAGAGCGACGAGAGCCACACGGCUCUGGGACUCGCCAAGGGCGUCAUGCACGUGAUGGGCGGUGCUGCUUUCUACUACGCGUGGCAGUCUGUGCCCUGUAUGGAUUCCAAGAAGGAUGACAUCAUCCCCACGCACAGUUCGUUCGUGUAG